UUUGGCCAAAAGCAUUACAAUUUUUGACUCUGACCUUCACUCCCUGCUGUCUGCAAAAUACAACUGUUGCUCCAACCAUCUUUUUUCUCCAAGCUGAGUCUGGGUUCUUUUUUCUCAUGCAGACGAUUUGGUCCCUACUCCAACACUCAUGGAUCCCGCAGGAUUGCAGGAGGCCAGUCCAGUGUCUGCAGAUGCAAAAACACACUUCAAAGUUUGCAGGUUCAUCAUGGAGGCAGGUGUGAAACUGGGCUUGCGCUCCAUCCCCAUUGCCACAGCUUGUACCAUAUAUCACCGAUUCUUUACGGAAGUGCCUCUGGAACCAUAUGAUCCCUACCUGGUAGCCAUGGCUGCCCUUUACUUAGCAGGGAAGGUAGAAGAACAGCAUCUGCGGACAAGAGACAUUAUCAAUGUGAGCCACAGGUAAAGAAGGGAGAAUUUCCUCUGUGCGUG